AUGGGCAUUGCAUACCCCUCCGAGGAGCAGGCCAUACGUGGCGUGAAGCCAGCGGCCUUCUCGGCGCGCCGCGACGAGCCCCGCACGUGGACGCGCGUGUCCCCCGCGGACCUCGCCGCCGCGGCGCGCCCCGCGGACGCCCUGGACGGCGUCGUGCGGCAGCGGUGCGCUCUCGUCCGUGUGCGGCACUCGCGCGUCGUCGUUCCGCACGAGGCGCUGCUGAAGGCGACCGGCAGCCGCCUGAGCUGCGCGGAGGCGCUCGCGGUGCCGUCGCGGCCCCGAGAGGGCGGCUGGCUGCGACGAUUUGAGGGAGAGGUGGGCGGGGCGCUGCGGGCGGCGGUGGGGCCGCAGCAGCCGAGCACGCUGCGAGGCCCCGGCGGGCUGGAAGUGGGCGUCGACUGCGAGGUCGAUUUGCCCGGGGAGGGCCCGCGGGGGCGGUGCGAGGGGGGUGUUUUGGUGUCCCUCGACUUGCUGGCGUGGACGCCGCGUGGCGCGGCGGCCUCGGACGCGGCGGCGCGGGCUAUCACAGCGGGCCUGGCGCGGCAGAUGGACGACGCGUGCUGCGCGCUCCUGCAGGCGACGGGGCACAAGCUCGUCGGGCUCGCCCAGCCACGUGGCGGCGCGCAGCAGCUGCCACGCGCGAUAGCGGCGCUGCACUUCGCGAUGCGAGAAGACGCCGCCGCGCCCUCCGUCGGCGUCGUCACGGGCGCGUUCUGGCUGCCCGGCCGCGCGGAGAGCCCCGACGAGGUCGCGGGCGCUCGUCUCCUCGUCCGCCGCGCCAUGGGGGGGAGCUACCUGUACUUGCACUACAACUGCGGGGGCGUCGACGACCGCGGCUGGGGCUGCGCGUACCGUUCGCUGCAGACGCUGUGGAGCUGGUACCUGCUCAACCACUACACGCGCCGGCCGGUCCCGACGCACCGCGAGAUCCAGAGGAUGCUCGUGCGGCUCGGGGACAAGCCGCCGGCGUUCGAGGGCUCCCGGGAGUGGAUCGGCGCCGUGGAGCUAUCGUACGUCUUGCAAGCAGAGCUCGGGGUGACGUGCAAGAUCCUGCACGCGGCGUCGGGGCGGGACGUGCCUGGGCUGGCGCGGGAGCUGUGCGCGCACUUCCGCGAGCACGGCACGCCGUGCAUGGUCGGCGGCGGCGUCCUGGCGUACACGCUCCUCGGGGCGCAGUGGGACAGCGCCACUCCACGGGGGGGGUCCCUGCUCGUUCUGGACCCGCACUGGGGCGCGGUCGACCCCGGGCGGCGCGGCGCGGCCGUGGCGGGCGGGUGGGUGGCGUGGCGACAGGGCGGGGACCGCUGCGCGGCGGGAAACGGGCCGUUGUUCGAACCGUCUUGCUUUUAUAACAUAUUGUGCCCGCAGCGGCCGAGCGGGCCGUGA